AUGAGCUACUCGCCGUACGUUGCCAGUGAUCAAUACGCCAUCGUCGACCUACAGCCCCUCUUCAGCACCGUCGCCUCUGCUCUCCUUAUCCUCCUCGUCGCGCUCUCCGCGUCAUCUUACUACCUCGGACUCGACCCGCUCACCGCGCCAGUUGACUCGCUGAACGCACUGACGGAGAUGGCGUCCCUCGGCGUGUCGUCGCUGCUCGGGAAGAGCGGGCUGGUCAAGCUCGACUGGGACAAGGGCAUGGCGAGCGGGAAUGGGCUGGCGUCGCUCAAGGCUGCCGCAGACGGGACUGGCGAGAAUGGGAGCUUCGUCAGACGGUACAGGGAUACGAAGGAGGGCAAGUUGCGGGCCGAAGGAGGAGGCCAGUACUUCCCGGGCUUGCUGAAUGCCGCAGGCAAUCUGUGCUUCCUGAAUGCGACGCUGCAGUCCCUGGCCUCCCUUCCCUCCCUCCUCGAAUACCUCGACCAGCUCGUCUCCUCGGCCACCUCGCUCGACAUUCCCACCCCGGUCUCCGACUCUCUCCUCGACACCCUCGAAGCCCUCAACACACCCUCAACCUCCCGUCCCGCUCCUCUCCGCCCGCUCGAACUCGCCAACGCUCUCGCCGCUUCUUCUCCUUCUCGCCGACGACUGCUAGCGAGCUCAGAUCAGCAAGACGCGCACGAAUUGUGGGGCAUGAUUCGUGACGCGGUCGAGGAAGAAGCGGGGAAAGUCCUCUCUGCGCAAGAGCGGGCGGAAGCAGCUGGAUCGGGUUUGAAGGAGGUCGCGAAACUCAAGUCGGGACUGGGCAUCACCGUCUCGAAGAAGCGCAGUCGAAGAGGUGCGACGGACCCGUGGUUUUGGCUGAGGAGUCAGCGGAUCAAGUGCAUGCAGUGCGGUUAUGUGCGGGAUACGCGGCAUGAGGGGGAGGAGCUGUUGAUGCUGCAGGUGCCUGCCGUGACCUCCUGCUCGCUAUACGACCUCCUCGCCGAGUACACCAAAACCGACCUCAUCUCGGAAUACGACUGCCGGAAAUGCGCGAUGCUUGCGACGCUCGCCAAGCUCGAAGGCCAGCGAGACAGACUAGCCCUGACCGCCUCGUCCGACCGCGCGUCCUCUCCGCCGCCUCCAGCGAAAUCGAAGAACCCGUUCGAGUUGCCACCUGAAGCGACGACGGAGGGAAAGGCCAAGACGAUGACGGCUUCGCGCAAGGAUCGGCGGAGAAAGAUGCAGAAGCUCGUGGACAAGGUGAAGAGCGCGGUGGACGCGGGCGACUGGGAGAAAGAGUUUGGCGAGGACGUCAAGAUGGAGAGGAGCGGGUCGGCAGCGGGAAAGCUUGUUCGGUUUGCGCGGACGCCCGACAUCCUGAUGAUCCAUCUGAACCGGUCGACGCACUACAGCUACGCCGGGCCGAUCAAGAACUCGUGCCAGGUCACCUUUCCCGAGUACCUCAACGUCUCGCCGUUCUGCGACGGUACCCAGCCACGCUCGACCACGGAGGACUCGCCGCCACCGCCCUCGGACGUCUACCGGCUUUCGUCUCUCGUCGUCCACUACGGCAGCCACUCGUUCGGGCACUACGUCGCCUUCCGCCGGCGGCCCCUUCUCGACGCCGACAGCGACUCUACCACUCAGGCAGCAUUGCCCGAGUGGUACCGCAUUUCGGACGAGACGGUGGACCCGUCGAGCGUGAACGAGGCGCUGCGAGCGAACCCGUUCCUGCUCUUCUACGAGCGGUUCAAGGCGGACGACUCGGCGUCGUCGGACAACGCUGGGCUCGACAGGCUCGAUGCGCUGAUGAAGGGGGCCAAGGCGCGGGUUGUCGAGAGUUGGCGGGCGAGCAGCAGUCGGGCGCAGAGUGAGGUUGUCGAGGUCGACGGUGGCGGGGACGGCGGGGCUCGUGGCGAGAACGUCGACGAGGCGCCGAAGGAGGGGACCCGCGCCUGUCGCCAGGCUGGAUGCGAAUUUCUGAAGGUUUUCCCGAGCUGA